GAAUUACAAAACGACUUAUCCUUUGAUGACACCUUCGACAUUGAUCAAAUCGACGAUUCAAAAUUGCGCAGUUCCCGCGACCUGGAAGAGCAAGCCUUCAUCGAGGAUGAACUCCAGCCGGUAGAUGAGGCCGAGGCCAACAGCGAAGGCAGUUGGCUGGUGCAGAGCGUUAAACGUGUUCGCCGUGAGUUGGGACGUUUGUUCGGUGCUGAGAACAAACAAGCCGCUGCCGGUGGCAACAAGGUACGCAAACAUCACAAAAAACGUUCGGAACGUAAUCAAGCUGCCGGUGCUGCUGCUGCUGGAGGUAAAAAGACUCAUGCCGAGGGCCACAAGAAAGCCCAACAAAAUGGUCAUACCAAACAGUCCAAUGGUGCUAAACUCCAAACGAAACCAAAGAGAAAUCACAAAUUGCAAGCCUUGAACCGCCACAAGAAACGUCAAUUGUUCGGCGAUGAGAAUGAGGGUUCCGGCUUCGGCAAUGGUGAUGAUGAAGAUGCGCCCAUUGAUGAUUUUGGUGAAACUGAUUUGUGGGAGGCCUACGUUGUUGUCAACCUACCCUGGGAUGAUGCCUAUGAGGAUAAGACCAGCGAUGAAUUUGCCACUUUGCAGUCCCAAAUCGAAGCGGCCUUUGUUGAGUGGUUCGAUGACGAAUACGGCUAUGAAGAGUUUGCCCUGCAUGUGGCCCUUAUGAAUGCCAAACGUACCGAUGACUACUAUCGCAUGCACUGUACCAUCCAAAUGGACUUGCCCGAGAAAUUCGGCAGCUUUGCCCAGCGGGUGCAACAUCAAUUGACGUCCUAUCGCAAAAUGGCCGAUUUGGGCAUGGAAGCCGAUGACCAGUUCUAUUUCAGACGUGUGAGAGAUUUGCAAAAUCAUGAUUUCGUCGAUGUCACCGAGUCUGGCCAUGAUGCUCAAGCUCAUAAUAAUGGUGGUGGUGCAGGUGCUGGUGCCUAUGGUGGCCAUGAUAGCAACAACAAUGGUUACUACGAUCAAGGACAUGGCUAUGAUGCCAAUAAUCAGGAUAAUGGCCAUGGCUAUUAUGAUCAGGAAAAUGCAGGACAUGGUCAUGAGGAUGGCCACACCAAUGCCUAUGACAGUACCAAUGCCUAUGAUAACGACAACAACAACAACCAUGGUUAUGAUGAUAACAACAACAACAACAAUGGCUAUGAUGUUUAUGGCAACAAUAAUGCCUAUGAUCCUUAUGGUCAUGGCAGCACUGAAGACAACAACAACAACAAUGGCUAUGACAACAACAAUGCCUAUGAUCCCAAUGAUCCUUAUGCCCAGGGUCACACUGAAGACACCAACAACCACAAUGCCUAUGACACUAACAAUGCCUAUGAUCCCAAUGAUCCUUAUGCCCAGGGUCACACUGAAGACCACAAUGCCUAUGAUCCCUAUGGCCAUGGCAACACUGAAAGCAAUGCCUACGACAGCAACAACAACAACAAUGGCUAUGAGGACAACAGCAACAACAAUGCCUACGAUCCCUAUGCCCAUGAUCCCUAUGCCCAUGGCAAUACCCACGAAGAACCUGAAGAAGAAGGCGAAGAAGAAACCGAACAAGAACACGAAGCUCCUCGUCCCAAUAUUAUGGUAUACGACUGUGAUCAAAAUCCCGAUGGUGAUUUCCAAUGCGCCAACGGUGAUGUGAUUCCAUGCUACAAACGUUGCAACAACUAUGUCGAUUGCCUGGACGAGAGCGACGAAGAGCCCGAUAUGUGCAAGGUGGUGUUGGAACGUGAAGAGGAAGAAAUCGAAGAGAGCACCAAUGAGGAUGAGGAUAACUGGGGUUCAUGGCCAAAUGUCAACAAAGAAACAAGCACCGAUGAUUCUUGGGUUACACCGGAAUCACAUCCUGAUGCCGGACAUCAUGACACCCAUGCCGUUGAAGAAGACGAAGAAGAAAAGGAAGAAGAGGAGGAACAUUCUCCCACCUACGAAACAAUUGACUAUGAUCGUCCCAUUGAUGCCGAACGUCGUGUGGAAGAGCCCGUCAAUGCCGGCGGCAAUGUCUAUGGCGGUGAAGAAGAUCAUCAUCAUGGCGGUGCUGGUGGCUUGGACAACAACAUUUUCGAAUCAUCCGGAGACUACUCGCCCGUCACUGAAACCAGUGCCGUCUUUACACCACCCACUGGCUGUCGUGGCGAUUCGACCUACACCUGUCGCGAAAGUAAUGUUCAAAUCUGUGACGAACAUUUGUGCGAUGGUGUCGAACACUGUCCCGAUGGUGAAGACGAACUGAACUGUGGCAGCGACGAUGAGUUCAACUAUGAAAAGGUCUGUUCAGCUAAUGAGUUUAUGUGCGAUCAACGUUGUUUACCCAUGGAAUAUCGAUGCAAUGGAUAUAAUGAAUGUAACGAUGGUAGCGAUGAGAGGGAUUGUCCAGAAAAAGAAUGCAAAUCCACUGAAUACAAAUGUCGUGCCGGCAAUUGCAUUGAUAGCGCCAGACGUUGUGAUAACAUUCGUGACUGUCCCGAUGGUGAUGAUGAAGACGAUAGAUGCCCCGUUGUCUGCAGCAGUGAUCAAUAUCUCUGUCGAGAUGGCAUCACCUGCAUCAGUGAAGGCAAAGUCUGUGAUGGCAUCGAAGACUGUGUGGACGGUGAUGAUGAAGAGCACUGUGAUAGCAGCGGUGAUCGCCGAGAUUUCUUUGAGCAAGAUGGCGAUGAAGAAUAUUGCCGUUACAAUGAAUUCCGUUGUGACAAUGGCCAAUGUAUUCUGUAUCGUGAGGUAUGCGAUAACAUUUACGAUUGUUCCGAUUAUUCCGAUGAAAGAGAUUGCGAUCUGCAUGAUAUCGAAGAAAAUAAGUUCGACGAGGAUGAAAUAAUUCGUGAAUAUGCCCCGCAUCACCAGAGACCCACACAAGCACCGUCGCGACCCCAAUCGCCAUAUCUCGGUGGCUACAUUGGCAGUGGCCUACACGAAUUAGAUAUGUACGAUUACAGCUUCUAUCAGAAGGCCAACGAUCACAAUCCCUGUUCCUCCACACAGUUCCGUUGCGGCAACAAUGUUUGCAUACCGCUCAAGUUACGCUGUGACGGGUUCUAUCAUUGCAAUGAUUUGACCGACGAAACCGGUUGUGACGAAGAUCAAGAAUCACAUUUUGACUAUAAUCGGCCCGUGACACAAAGGCCACCGGCCAAUAUUGUACAAACAACCAGGGCAACGGCGCGUAGAAAUACAACGGCCGCUUCAUAUUGGACAAGGCCAACAACUACAACAACGACAACGACUACGAAACGAACAACUCCCACCACAACACCCGCUCCCACGAGAAAAUCCUGUCUGCCCAACGAAUUUAUGUGCGAAAAUGGCGAUUGUUUGGCUUUGGAAGCCGUCUGUGACGGCACUGGCGAUUGUCCGCGCUUCGAUGAUGAAACCUAUGGUCUGUGUAAUUGUGAACAUGAUAAGUUCCAAUGUAAACGAGGCGGUGGUUGUUUGCCAAAGACACAAGUUUGUGAUGGCAGGGCUCAGUGUAGAGAUGGCAGUGAUGAAAUGAAUUGUCAUUUUACUGCCACUUUCAAUAAGACCCGCAAUCUGGCCGAAUGCUUGAGCUAUCAAUUCCAAUGCGCCGAUGGCAUUUGCAUAGCCGAUUACAAGCUAUGCAAUGGCAUAACCGAUUGCCUGGACGGUUCGGAUGAAUUAAGUUGUCCCAUCAAUUAUGAUGACACGAAUUAUGACUUUGAACCCGACGACUCUCUCAGCGAAUGUGAUCUCUAUGAAUUCGAGUGUGACUAUUCGCGUUGCAUACCGCUCGAAAAGAAAUGUGAUGGCUAUCCCGAUUGUGACGAUGAAACCGAUGAAAUCGAUUGUCCGCCAUUUACAGAUAAAUGUCACGACAAUGAGUUUGAGUGUGAUAAUAAUUAUUGUAUUUUACGUGGCCAACUGUGCAAUGGCAUUCCAAACUGCAAUGAUGGCACUGAUGAGAAGAACUGCACAUUCUGUCGGGAGGGUGCCUAUCUUUGCACCACCGGCGAAUGUAUUGCAGCCAAUAUGCACUGUAAUGGCCACAACGAUUGUGCCGACGGUAGUGAUGAGCACAAUUGUGUCCUCUGUUCGGUUGGUUAUUUUAAGUGCAAUAACACCUGUGUCACUUCCAAUUUAAAUUGCGAUGGCCAUAUUGAUUGUGAGGAUGGCAUCGAUGAGCAGAAUUGUCCCGAGCGAGGCAUUAGCAAUGAAAUCAAUAAUGAGAUUUUUGCCAAUGAAGUCUGUGGUCGGGACCAGUUUCAGUGUUCCGAUUUUGAGUGUAUUGAGAAAAAAUUUAUGUGUGAUGGUAGACCCGAUUGUAGAGAUAAAUCCGAUGAGUCUGAAGAUCUUUGUAAACUGAAGGUCACCAACGUCUUGACACCCGACGACUGUGACAGCUCACAGUUCUUCUGCGACGAUGAUUGCCAUCCCUCCAGCAUUCGCUGUAACGGUGCAUACGAUUGUGCCGAUCGCACCGACGAACAAGAUUGCCCAGCCAAAGAUCCCUAUCCACCACAACGUUUCCCCACCUACCCAUGUCCCCAGCAUACCUGCCCCAACGGUAAAUGUUAUAGUGAAAAUGAACGUUGCGAUGGCACGGCUCAGUGUGACGAUGGAUCCGACGAAUUGGAUUGUUGUGCCCCCGAUCAAUUCCGUUGCCGCAAUGGUGAUUGCAUCCCCAGCUAUUAUCACUGCAAUGGCCAUCGUGAUUGCAUGGACAACUCCGAUGAAGAAGAGUGUGCCGAUCCUGCCGUACCAGCCAGCCGUUGUCUGCCUUCUCAAUUCCGUUGCGACAAUGGCCAAUGUAUUUCGGCCUAUGCCCGCUGCAAUGGUUAUGUGGACUGUGCCGAUAGCUCGGAUGAAAGAUAUUGCCCUGAUAGCCCUACCACCCCUGCCCCACAAUUGAACUUGAAGACCUAUCCCGAUAAUCAAAUCAUCAAAGAAAGACGUGAGGUGAUCUUCCGUUGCCGUGACGAAGGUAUGCUCCGUGCCAAGGUCAGAUGGACCCGUCCCGGUGGCCGCCCCUUGCCUGUGGGCGCCGUCGACAAAGAUGGCCGUUUGGAAAUACCCAAUAUUCGUGUUGAAGAUGGUGGCACUUAUGUUUGUGAGGCCGUCGGCUAUCCUCGCCAUGUUUCCGGACAGCAAGUCUCCGUCCAGUUGACCGUUGAAAAAUACAAUCCCCGUGACGAUCGUUUACCCUCAGCUUGUUCGGCCAUACAAGCUACCUGUAUGAACGGUGAAUGCAUUGACAAGUCCCAGAUCUGUGACGGUAUCCCGCACUGUUCGGAUGGCUCCGAUGAGCACAGCUGUUCCCAGGGCCGUAAGUGUCAGCCCAAUCAGUUUAUGUGCCGCAACUCCAAGUGUGUGGAUCGCGUCUGGCGUUGUGAUGGUGAAAACGAUUGCGGUGAUAAUUCCGAUGAGGAGAGCUGUGAUCCCGAACCCAGUGGCGCCCCCUGCCGUUAUGAUGAAUUCCAGUGCCGCAGUGGCCAUUGCAUUCCCAAGUCCUUCCAGUGUGAUGACACCAAUGACUGUCGUGAUGGUUCCGAUGAAAUUGGUUGCAUGGCGCCCGACAAGUUGCGUGAACCCCCACCAACUCAAUUCCUCAGACCCGGCGACUCAUUGAACCUGACCUGCGUUGGUGUUGGCACCCCCACUCCCGUUAUCGUUUGGCGUUUGAACUGGGGCCAUGUACCCGAAAAGUGUGUCUCCAAGAGCUACAGCGGUACCGGCACCCUCUACUGUCCCGACAUGCAGUACGGCGACAGCGGUGCCUAUUCCUGUGAAAUUAUCAACUCCAAGGGCAGCAAAUUCACCACCGACACCAUGGUCACCGUGGAACGUCCCGAACGUCCCGGCGUCUGCAGCCCUGGCACCUUCAACGAUGAUGCCCAACAUUCCAGCGAAUGUUUGAACUGCUUCUGUUUCGGCAUUGCCAAGUCGUGCAAGUCCAGUGACCUCUUUAUCUCCACCAUCCAGCCUCCAAUUACCUCUCAUCGCGUCGUCAAUGUGGAAUUGAGCCCCUACAGCAACAUUGUCAUCAAUGAGGCUCCCUCAUCGGGCAUUUUGAAUUUGCGCCAUGGCGUCCAGUUCCGUGCCUCCGACGUGUUGUAUGGCAGCCGUAGCACUCCCUACCUGGCCCUGCCUGCCGACUUUAUGGGCAACCAAUUGAAAUCCUAUGGCGGCUAUUUGAAAUACGAUGUCCGUUACGAUGGUACCGGCACUCCCACACGCCACCCCGAUGUCAUUGUGACCGGCAACGGCUUCACCCUGACCUAUCGUUCCCGUUCCCCUGCCCAGCCCAGUUUUGUAAACCACAUGGAAAUUCCUUUCGUGCCUGGCAGCUGGACCAAGACAGAUGGCCGUUCCGCCACCAGAGAAGAAAUCAUGAUGGUCCUGACCAAUGUGGACAAUGUUUUGGUGCGUUUGGGCUACAUCGAGGCCACCGAAAGGGAGGUGGAAGUGACCAACAUUAUGAUGACCUCUGCCGGACCCUAUGAUCAGGGAUUGGGCCAGGCCUCCUUGGUGGAGAAAUGUUCCUGCCCUGUGGGCUAUAGUGGAGAUUCUUGUGAGUCCUGUGCUCCUGGUUAUGUUCGCCAGCCCGGCGGUGCCUGGUUGGGUCGCUGUGUUCCUCACAUCCCUGAACCCUGUCCCGAGGGCACCUAUGGUGAUCCCAGACGUGGUAUACCCUGCCGUGAAUGUCCUUGCCCCCAGACUGGAGCCAAUAACUUUGCCACUGGCUGCUCCCUGGGUCCCGACAAUGAAGUGACCUGCCGCUGCAAUGAGGGCUACAUGGGACGUCGCUGUGAGACCUGUGCCCCUGGCUAUGAAGGCAAUCCCCUGGCUCCAGGUGGCCGUUGCUACCCCACUCCCGAUCACAACUGCAAUGCCGAGGGUACCUACUCCAUUAUGCCCAACAAGACGUGUGAAUGCAAGUCCCUGGUAAGUGGUGAACGCUGUGACACCUGUAAGUCGGGCUCCUUCCACCUGAACUCCUUCACCUACACCGGCUGCAUUGAGUGCUUCUGUAGCGGCCUGCCCGUCAGCUGUGGCAGCAGCACCUGGAACCGUGAUCAAAUCACCUCUAGCUUUGGACGCUCCCGCGCUCCCCAUGGCUUCAGCCUGAUCCGUAACUACAACACCGAACCUGCCCCGGUGCCCUUCAACGAGAAUGGUGCCUCCUUGACCUUCAACGAACCCUCUACCUCGGAACCCUUGUACUGGAGCCUACCCGCCCAAUUCUUGGGCAAUCAAAUCACUGCCUAUGGCGGCAAACUGAGCUACAACCUCAGCUACAAUCCCAUGCCGGGUGGUUUGAUGUCGCGCAGCACCUCUCCCGAUGUGGUCAUCAAGUCUGGUGAGGAUGUGACCCUCAUACAUUACCGUAAGACCGGCUUUAAUCCCAGCCAACCCAACUCCUAUUCCAUUCAAAUGAUCGAAAACUCCUGGCAACGUUCCGAUGGUCAGACCGUGAAUCGCCAACAUUUGCUAAUGGCCCUAUCAAAGAUCGAUGCCAUCUACAUCAAGGCCACCUACACCACCAGCACCAAGAAUGGCGCCCUGACCUCGGUCAGCAUGGACAUUGCCUCGGCCAGCAGCCGUAGCGGUGCACGCGCCUGGGAGGUGGAGGAAUGUCGCUGUCCCCCUGGCUAUGUGGGCACCUCCUGUGAACGCUGUGCCCCUGGCUACAAACGCAACGAGGAGGCCGGUCUCUAUCUGGGUCUCUGUGAACCCUGUGAAUGCAACGGCCACUCCAGCCAAUGCGAUGCCGAAACCGGAGUCUGUCUGAACUGUGCCGACAACACCGAGGGUGAUUUCUGUGAACGUUGCGCCUAUGGCUAUGUGGGUGAUGCCACCGGUGGCACUCCCUAUGACUGUGUCUCCCAAGGUAGUCCCAGACCACCACAACCACCCCAGCCACCACAAAACGAGACCUGUUACCACUGCAAUCAGGCUGGCACCGCUUCCUGCUACGGCGACUACUGUUAUUGCAAGAGCAACGUCCAGGGCUCACGCUGCGACCAAUGUCGCCCCGGCACCUAUGCCCUCUCCGCCGACAAUCCCGAUGGCUGUGAGGAAUGUUUCUGCUCCGGAAAGUCCACCACCUGUUCUGCGGCCUCGCUCUAUCGCCAACUCAUUCCCGUUGACUUCUUUGGCAGCCCCCCGCUCUUCACCGAUGAAGAGGGUCAGAUUGCCGAUCGUGAUAACCUGAACUUCGAUGUGGCCCGCAAUGAAUACACCUACUCCUACACCUCGUACACACCCAAGUAUUGGAGCUUGCGUGGCUCCGUCUUGGGCAACCAACUGUACUCCUAUGGCGGUGAAUUGUCCUACACCUUGAGCGUUGAUUCCUAUGGCCACUAUGAGCCUGGCAAUGAUGUCGUCCUCAUAGGUAAUGGCAUGAAGCUGAUUUGGUCCCGCCCCAACGCGGAACAAGACAACGAGGAAUACAAGAUCCGUCUGCAUGAAGAUGAAAACUGGCAAACAAUGCAACGCGGUGGCAUGCAACGUGCCUCCCGCCUGGACUUUAUGAAUGUCCUCCAGAAUUUGGAACACAUCCUGAUUCGUGCCACCCCCAAAAUCCCCACCCAACGUUCCUCCAUUAGCGAUGUGAUUUUGGAGAGUGCCGUCGAAACACCCCAGCCCGGUGCCGAACAGGCCAUUGAUAUUGAAAUGUGUAACUGUCCUCCCGAGUACUCUGGCUCAUCCUGUGAGUCCUGUGCCCCUCUGCAUUAUCGCCAAACGGAUGGCUCAUGUCGUCGUUGUCCCUGCCAGGAUGACAACACCCAGUCGUGCAGCCUAGAUGAACGCGGCUAUGUCAAAUGCCAAUGUAGAUCUGGUUAUGCCGGUGAUCGUUGUCAAAACAUGGUGCCCGCCAAUAAAGAGGAUAAGCCCUGCGUCAAAGAGCGUGGAUUCUGUUGUAGUGGCUUUCAGUUCAAUAUCGAACUGAAUCAGACCAUCUCGCCCAACGAGACCCUAAUGAUUUUCAGAGGCAAACAGUACGUAGGAAAUAUGACCAAAUUGUUUUAUGGCUGUAAAGAAGAUGAUGGUUCUGGACCAAUAAUUAGCACCACUCCCCAACCGGAAUACAAAACUCAAAUAACGGUAUCCAUCAAGAAGCCUGUGAUUUCCAUUGUGCCCAUUGGCGGAUCCAUAACCUUGAGUUGCAGCGGCUAUUUCGCCUACAAUAGGGCCCCCGUUGUAGUUACCUGGUACAAAUUGAACGGUGAUAUGCCAUUCCACUAUGAGCAGGCCGAUGGUGUUUUGCGCCUGUAUGACUUGCAAAUUCACGAUUCCGGCACCUACAUUUGUCAGGCACGCAACGAUCAGACUCAGCACAUCUUCCAGGACAAUGUGACAAUCACCAUUACAGAAUCCUCCCGCCGCUCUCCGGCCAAGAUCGACAGCCUGGCUCCCUAUCACACCUUUACCGAAUAUGUACCCAACGAAAUUGUCUGCGAUGUAAGCGGCAAUCCCACUCCCACCGUCACCUGGAUUCGUGUCGAUAACCAAAUGUCCACCGAGGUCACUGUUGAGGGUAAUCGUUUGAUCUUCGAUAGACCACGUAAAUCCGAUGAGGGUAGAUACAGAUGUCAGGCCAGCAAUGGUGAAGGCUAUGCGGAUGAGAAAUACACUGAAGUGUAUGUUGAGACCGCAGUUGCACCAUCGACACCAGCACCCCGUGAAACCGUGUACAUUGAACCACCGUAUUAUGCCGGCGAAGCUGGUCAAACUGUCCGCCUGACGUGCCACUCCAUUUCAAAUAUCAAUCUGAAAUAUGAAUGGACCAAGGAUGGUUAUCCCAUCUAUCGUCAACAUAAUAUCAUCCUGUUGGACAAUACCUUGGAGAUUCGUGACUCGUCGCCUCGUGAUUCCGGCACCUACACUUGUGUGGGUAUUGAUAUGCGUGGACGUCGUAAUUAUACCUCUGAUGCUCGUGUCAAUGUUGAGGAGUCGCGUGACUCUACACAUACCUAUGGAACUCCACCAGUUAUCCGAACCAUGCGCGAAGAACAUCUCGUCGUCCAGGGCCAUGACUUUACAAUCACCUGCGAAGCUUCUGGCAAUCCUCGUCCCACCAUUAAAUGGACCAAGGUCCAUGAGUCGUUGGGUGACAAUGUCCAUCAAAGUGGCAAUGUUUUGCGUAUUAGCUCUGCCCGCCCUGAUAAUCGUGGUGUUUAUGUGUGCGUUGCCGAAAAUAAUGUUGCCUCGGAUCAAGCCAGUACAUAUAUUGAAAUUGAACCUCGUGAACGUCCCACCGUUGAUAUCGAUCCCAAAGAACCUCAGGUUCUUAACGUUGGCAGCCAAGGCAUGCUCUACUGUACGGCCACUGGUAUACCCACACCACGUGUCCAGUGGUCUCGUGUCGAUGGCCUACCCAUGUCGCCGCGCCAUCAAAUGCAACACAACGAACCUGGUUAUAUUGUUAUUGAUAAUCUUGCAUUGGAAGAUACCGGUGACUACAAGUGUGAGGCCACCAAUGAAGUUGGCUCGGCCACUGCCAUUUCGACCAUACGUGUAAUUGAGGCUCCCGUCAUUAGUCUACAACCCGACCUGGAAAUCGUUAGCGUUACCGAAGGCGAUGAGCUGAAGAUAACCUGUUCGGCCAAGGGUACACCCACACCCAAUGUACGCUGGAUCAAGGAAGAUGUUGUCUCCUAUGGUUUUACCCCUGCCCUGGCUGGUGCCCAGUCGAAUGAAGCCGUUUUGGAAUUCUAUCGCGUCAGCAUGCAGGAUGCCAAGACCUAUAAGUGUAUUGCCACCAAUGAGGCCGGUACCGAUGAACGUUAUGUGGUUUUGGAUGUUAAAUAUCGUCGCGGUGAUGUUGGUCCCGAUGGCGAUGUCGAUGACUCUAGACUGCCAACCUACAAUCCCUAUCCUCCUCCAUACACCAGACCCGAAACUGUCAUGGAAACCAAGCCUGGUGAAAAUGUUACCCUGAUUUGUGAUCUUCAAAACAGCUUCAGAACCAUUUGGGAACGCGACGAUGGCCGUCCCCUGCCCGACAACUCCUUCUACGAUGGCACCAAACUGGUUAUCUAUCACAUGACCGAAAACAGCGCCGGCAGAUAUCGUUGCAACUCCCUCGAUAACCGUGGCUCCAUUUUGCGUUUCCAUUUGUGGGAGCUGAGAUAUUUGCCCGUACCCCGUAUCACCUUGCACCCGGAAAUGCCCAUUCGCGUGAAUGUGAACAGUGAUGUGACCAUUACAUGUAAUGUUGAGGGACCCCAACCGAUCGCCGUGUCCUGGCACACCGACAACAAUCGUCCACUGACUGCUUCCGUGAGCACCAAUAACGAAUAUUUGAACUUCCGUGAAAUUACCCCAGCCGCCGCUGGUCGUUACUAUUGUUUGGCCAGCAAUGCCUAUGGAAACUCCACUGCCUAUGCCGAAGUGAUUGUCAAUCGCGGCCGUACCUAUGAGUCCCAGCCCCAGGCUAGACAAUACCAGAUAAUGGAGGGUGAAGAUAUCUUCAUGACCUGUGAUGUGGAAGCCAAUUUGGUGCCAGUACGCGGUGAAAUUCAUUACAACUGGCGUCGUGAAGAUGGCCAACCCUUGCCACCCAAUGCCAUGGUACGCAGCAACCGAUUGGCCAUCAACAAUGUACGCCAACAAGACGGCGGACGUUACAUCUGCGAAUCCUACACUGCCAAUGGCGUCUCGCCACCAUCCUAUGCCGAUUUGUAUGUCAAGCGAGGUCACAGCGUUAAUGAUAUACCUUGCAUGGUUCUCUAUAUCUGUACAGACUAUAAGCCAUUGAGGAAAAUCAAAACCAAACCAUUGACACCCGAUACCGCACCGAUUGCAUUGCCACCAGCACCUGGCUCUUUGGCAGCGCCAUCUGGUUUUAAUACCCACAACGGCGGCGCCUGUCUGCCCAGUGAUUUUAAGUGUGUCUCGCAUCCGCACACCUGCGUUGCCAAACACAUGGUCUGCGAUGGCAUACACGAUUGUACCGAUCAUUCGGAUGAAUUCAAUUGCACCCGAACUGAAGCGCCACCAAGUGGCCAAGCCAAAAACUAUAAACGCUGGAAGAAACACAACCGUCAGCAUCCGAUGCCGGGAGUUGUACGCAACAAAAGGAAAUUCCCUUUGCUGGGGCAAAGCCGCAGAUCAUCACCACCGCCCCCGCAACCGAUCAAAGCCCCAACCACCCGCCGACAUGAUGUCUUCCAUGUGAAACCCCUCAAAUUCGCUGGUGUAAGACCCAUGCCCCAGCCCUAUUAUCCUCCUGCCCCACUUCCGCACUAUUCCACGACAACACCACGUCAUCGUGAUUUAAGUUUGAAAUUGGAUCAGCAACAUUCGAAUUUGCGCGUUGGCGAAUCGACCGAAGUGGAGUGCUAUUCGUCCGAUAACAGCUAUACCGAUGUCGUUUGGGAACGGGCCGAUGGCAAACCAUUGCCGCUACACAUUAAGCAAAUUGGCAAUCGCCUGAUCAUCAACCAUGUAACACCCGACGAUGCCGGCAACUAUCUGUGCAAAUGCAAGACCGACGAGGGCGACCUCUACACCACCAGCUAUGAAUUGGCCAUUGAAGCCAAUACCCAUGAAUGGAAACAUCCUAAAAUCGAACAUGCCGAGGUGGGUUCAGCUGUAAAACUGCAUUGCGAUGCCGAAGAUGCCCAUCUUUCGCCACACUACAGAUGGUCCCGCCAAUAUGGCCAGAUGCAAAUGGGCACGGAUAUUUUGAGUGACACCUUGAGUCUGCAAAAUGUCCAGGCCAAUGAUGCCGGUACCUAUGUAUGUACCGCCACCGCUCCCAAUGGAGAAUCUGUGGACUAUCCCACCAUCUUGGUUGUGACCGGUGCCAUACCCCAUUUCCACCAGGAACCCCUCAGCUAUAUGUCCUUCCCCACCCUGCGCGACUCCUAUGUAAAAUUCAAUUUCGACAUCACCUUCCGCCCCGAACAGGGUGAUGGUCUGCUACUCUUUAACGGCCAGAAGCGAGGAAACGGUGACUACAUAUCCUUGUCCCUGAAUGACCAAUAUCCGGAAUUCCGUUUCGAUUUGGAUGGCAAGACCAUGAUUGUGCGUGGCGAACAAGCCUUGACCCUCAAUGAGUGGCACACCAUUAGGGUACAUCGUUUCCGUCGCGAUGGCUACAUGCAGGUCGAUGGUGAACAUCCCAUUGCCUUCCCCACCUUGUCUGCCUCCUCGUCCUUGGAUUUGGCUGAAGAUUUGUAUUUGGGUGGUGUGCCCAGCUGGGAUAUUCUGCCCGAAGAGGCCAUUGAACAGCAGAUUGGCUUUGCCGGUUGCAUCAGCCGCCUGACCCUGCAGGACAGCAUCAUUGAGCUGAUGAAAGAGGCUAAGAUGAAGGAAGGCAUUACCGCCUGCAAACCAUGCGACUCGAAUCCCUGCUCGAACAGCGGCAUUUGCCUGGAGAGUCAAACCGAAAUGGGCUAUACCUGUGUCUGUCAACAGGGCUGGACUGGACGCCACUGUGCCGUAGAAGGUACCCAAUGCACCCCCGGCAUCUGUGGUACCGGACGUUGUGAAAACACCGAAACCGGCAUGGAAUGCCUGUGUCCCCUAAACAAGACCGGCGAUCGUUGCCAGUACAUUGAACACCUGAACGAGAACAGCUUGGCCUUCAAGAAGAACAGUUUCGCCGCCUAUGGUACCCCUCGGGCCUCCAAACUGAACAUCAAAUUCCAAGUUCGCCCCAAUAGUCUAGAGGAUGCCGUGCUCUUGUACGCCGCCGAAUCCCGCUUGCCCAGCGGUGACUAUGUCGCGGUCGUCUUGCGCAACAAACAUGUCGAAUUGAUCAUCAACACCGGAGCUCGUUUGAAACCGGUCGUGGUGAGAUCCCUACAUCCUUUGCCCGCCAAUAAAUGGACUGAAAUUGAAAUUGCCCGUCGCUUCGGUGAGGGUAUUUUGCGUGUCGGCACCGAUCCCGAACAAAAGGCCAAGGCUGCCGGAGCUGCCAGAACCCUGUACAUCAAGACACCAAUGUAUGUUGGUGGUUUCGAUCACGAAAAGAUUACCCUGAAUCGCGAUGUGAAUAUUACCCAAGGAUUUGAUGGCUGUAUAUCGAAUCUCUUUGAGGGACAACGCCAAUUGAAUCUGAUUGCCGACAUCCAGGAUGCUGCCAAUAUUCAAAACUGUGGUGAAAUCAAUGAAAUCGAACAGAACGAAACCUUUGACCACGAUGUCGAACAAAAUGCCUGCUCCAGUGACCCGUGUGAAAAUGGCGGCACCUGUGUUGUGGAAAACGACGAGGCUGUGUGUCUGUGUAACAUAGGCUUUGCCGGCAAACAUUGUGAAGAUCAUAUUUCCCUACAAUUCGAUGCCAAUUUCCAUGGCAAUGGCUAUUUGGAAUUGAAUCGUUCACAGUUCGAUGAAAAUGUUGAGCAAAAAUUCUCCAGUGCUGCCAUGGUAUUCUCCACAACCGCUCCGGAUGGUCUCUUGCUGUGGUGGGGCCAGCCCAAGGGCGAAGCCUAUACCGGCCAAGAUUUCAUGGCCGUGGCCAUUGUUGAUGGCAUUGCCGAAUUUGCAUUCCGUUUGAAUGGUGAAGAGAAGGUCAUUCGCAAUCCCGACAAGCGUGUGGAUGAUGGUAUACGCCAUAUUCUCUUGAUUAAACGUACCGACAAUACCGCCAUCUUGGAGCUGGAUCAUAUUCUGUAUGCCGAUGAGACCAAGGAUACUGGUAAAGAUACCAUGAGCCUGCCAGGUCAUGUGUUUAUUGGUGGCGCUCCCAAUCUGGAAUCAUUUACCGGUGGCCGUUACAAACAUCACUUCAACGGCUGUGUACGAGUUGUGGAAGGCGAAGCCAGUGGCAUCAUAGAAGUAGGCAAGGUAGCAAUAAGCGGUAAUAACGUUGACACCUGUCCAAAUGCGGAUGAGGAUGUUGAUUUCGAUGGUACCGAGCCCCCAGUCGUUUAAUAGUUUUUUUAGUUAAAAAAAUUAUUAUUUAAAACAUUUUUCUUAAAAAACCCCCCAAACUUGGAUUAUACUGCACUUUUGCAACAACCACAAAAAAAAAACAAAAACCAAACUAUGAAAAAAUUAACUCAAAAUCAAAAUUUCAAAAAAAAAAAAAAAACA